AUGAAUUUCGUACCGAAGCGCAAAUUACACAUAAAAAAUGUUUUGAUUGCGGAAACUUUAGGACUAACCUUGCGUGGUGCAACUCUUGUGAGACUACUUGCAGAAGCAAAUAUAAGCGGCGAUUAUCUUGAAUUCAUUCCUUACAAUAGGUUUAAACAGAUUGAAUUUCACAAAGCUGGAGCAUUUAGUGAAAUUUAUUCUGCCAUUUGGUUAGAAGGACCUAAGUGGGAUUGGAAUGAAGAUAAUCAAGCUUGGUUACGGGUUGGACCAAUAAAAGUCGCGUUGAAAAAACUUAAAAAUUCGCAAAACUUGAGCAAACAAUUCUUGGAAAACCUACGGAAAUAUCAUCAUUGUCUCCAAGCGGGUAGUGUAGCAGAUACAUUUGGCAUUACGAAAGACCCUAACGGGUCUUUUAUAUUUGUAAUGAGAUUUUAUGAGAAUGGUGAUUUGAAUCAAUACAUUGAAAAUAACCAGGAUAUUAACUGGAAAGAUAAAAUCGAUUUAUUAUGUGGAAUUACUGUUGGUUUGGAAAAUAUUUAUCGAUCUUGCCUCUAUCAUGGAAAUUUACACGGUGGGAAUAUAAUGAUUGAAGAUGAGUCAAUCUCGACUGGCGGAAGAAUAGCUGAUAUAGGAAUUCAUGGACCAGUUGAUAUUACAACUGAUAAAUCAUAUGCACCAACUGAAAUCGGUGAAGAAUUUAAUGACGCUGAGGAAAGAAGAUGUGAGGCUUUUCAAACACGGAAAAACACAUCACAAGAAGUUCAUAAAGAUGCGUUUUACACAAGUCGAUUUUUUAACUUUCAACAACUCAAAGAAAAAUAUGGUGUCAAUACAUGUUCCGCAUAA